UUAACUCAUUUUUGGUACCGUACAACUUCCCGGAAAACGGCACCAAAGGAAAACACGUGAACUAAUAAACAGAAUAAACUAAGAAUGCUACGCAAAACGACAUUAACGACAGCCAAAGAACAUACAAACAUCCGUAAAAGGAGAAUGCCCAUACGUAAAAAACUUACCCCAUUAGGUGAUAAAAAGCCCAAAGAAGAUACCGAGGCCGAGUUAGAGAGCUUAGUUAUUGGAAGUGAAGUUCAGAUUUUGGAAGAAUUAGAGAAAGUUGCAAACAAAAGUGAAAAUCAGCCUUCAGACAAAAUACAUGUAUCUGGACAGAAAAGACCUGCAUGGAAAGAUGAGGAUGAUGACAUUGGGAGUAUUCAGUUGACAAGUGCAAGAAAGUUUGUUGGAAUCAAACGAGAAGAAGAGUCAAAGAUAACAAAGAAAGAAUAUAAACAAAGGCUCCAAUCACAAUUUGAAAAGUUGUCAAGCACACCAAAUUGGGCAAAACUUCCGUCAGAGAGAGACAGACACUCUGAAGAUGAAGACAGUGAUGUGGAAGACCUUCUACAGAAGACAGGUACGUUCCUGGCGGGAUCAACAUCUCUACCCCAGGGCAUGAUACAGAUCAAGUCCUGCACAGACCUGAACAAGGAGGGAUAUAUGAGGGUGAGGGAUUUCUCACAGACUGCAGUGAAAGCUCUCGAGUUCCACCCAUCAGCACAAGUGGCCUUGACUGGAGGGGCCAACAACACUCUGACAUUGUUCCAGGUGGAUGGCAAAACGAAUCCCAAAAUCCAGAGUUUCUUCCUGGAGAGUUUUCCCAUCAACUGCGCCCACUUCACGAGAGAUGGGGAGCAGGUGCUCAUUGGCUCCAGGUGGAAAUGCUUCAAGUAUCUGGACAUGCUGGCUGGGAAGGUGGUCGAUGUCCCUUUGAAAGGUAUAGAGGAGAAGUGCAUGGCAGUGUUUGAGAUGUCGCCAGAUGGGAAAUAUUACGUGUUCAUGGGACAGUAUGGCAAUAUGCACUUCAUUUCCGCAAAGUCAAAAGAGUGGUUGUUCAGUUUGAAGAUGAAUGGCCAUGUACAGUCUAUAUCUUUCUCAAUUGAUGGACAACAGCUUUUCUCCUUUGGAGAUGAUGGUCAUGUGUAUGUAUGGGAUAUACGUUCACGUGAGUGUAUACACCGCUUUAUUGAUGAGGGAUGUACCCGUGGAACCUUUUUGACUGUUUCUCUGAACAACCAGUACCUGGCUUGUGGUUCCAACACAGGUGUUGUCAAUCUGUAUGAGAGAGAGAGUUGCAUGUUGGAAUUUGAACCCAAGCCUAUAAAGAGCAUCAUGAACCUCACAUCUAGCUGCAAAAUAGCCAAAUUUAAUGCUACUUCAGAGAUUCUCUGCAUAGGAUCAAGAGACGAAGAAAAGGCUGUCAAACUUUUCCACAUAGCAAGUCAGUCAGUGUUCUCCAACUUCCCUGACAAGAUGGAUCACAAUCUAAAGGUGCCUACUGUGGUCGACUUCUCCGUGAACAGUGGAUACCUUACUAUUGGCACUGUCUCAGGAAAGGCGCUCCUGUACAGAUUGAAGCAUUAUGGAAACUACUAGGCUGGGAACUAUUUCACCUGAAUUGUUAUUGGCAUUUUGUAAAUAUAAAACAUAAGUAUUG